UAAAUAUACUAUACAAAUAAAUAAAAGGCUAAAAAAUAUCGCCAGAACAAUGGAAACAAAAGCAAUUUCGGUGUCGAUUUUAGUUCCCCUCCUAAAAAAUCCUAUUUUUAUUUUUAUUUUUAUUCUUCAUACCCCCCAAGUUCAGAUCUCUCGCAAAUUUCGCCUCACUAAAUAUUCGGUAUAGGACCAUAAAAUUUGUUGAUUUGCAUUUUACUCCCUAAUUGUUGAAAUAUAUAUACGUCACAUUCCCUCGGAGUUCUUCACUACUGUUCCCGCAAUUAUUCUUCAAUAACACAACUUAUUCCUUAACUUUACUAAAUUCUUCACUAACUUUGUUCACUGCUCAGUAACUUCAUUCUUUACUUUUAAUAGCGGGUUAUUUCAAAUGUCAACUUUACAUACUGUUCCCUUGACACUAUUACCGUUCGCUAGCGACCCUAAGCGUGACGAAUUCUCGUCAUCUUCAUCGCUCACUACCUCCAAAAGUCUUUAUAAAACAAUAUCACCUAUUGCAUCGAGCUUAACAUCAAAUUCUACUUCAUCACUGACGUCUGACUUUGCUGACUUAAAGGGAGACUUAUUACCAGAUCUCUGGCAACCAGCCUUGAACUACGCUGAGCCUUUGCAAGCUCAACUACCACCAACUUCUGUAACUCAUCCUCAUCCUCAUUCUCAUCCAGUGACUAGUGGCUGGUCUCAGCCAUCAUUCAACCAAAACUACGACAAUUAUGGUCAUCAUCUCCAUCAGCCCACCUUAACUGAAGAGAACCUCAUCUUCAAUUCUGAUGUUGACUCGCCUCCUCAUUCGCAUCGUAUGCAAUCCUUUUCCAGUCCGGUUUACUUCAUAGAAGAGGCUGGUGGAGUCAAUGGAGGAAGCGAUGAGAUGUUUAAUUUUGAAAAGCAGCAACAACAACAACAGCAACAUCAGCAACAACAACAGCAACAACAACAAUACUUAUUAUACAACCGAAACGGAUCUACUUCGUCAGCUUCUUCACUUGACGAAUAUCGUUCUCCUAGUUUCAAUAAGGUUCACCAGGCAUCAGUCAAUACUCAACUCUACAAGACAGAAUUGUGUGCAUCCUUCAUGAAAAUGGGAAUCUGUCCUUAUGGAAAUAAAUGUCAAUUUGCUCAUGGAGAGAAUGAAUUGAAAAAUGUAGAAAGACCUCCUAAAUGGAGAUCUAAGGCAUGUGCCAACUGGACUAAAUUUGGUAGUUGUCGUUAUGGCAAUAGAUGUUGCUUUAAACAUGGAGAUUAAUUUUUAAAGAGCUCCUAACGAAAUAUUUACGAAUCCCCUGACAUUUCAAGUACUUUAAUUCAGCCUGUUAUAUUAUCAGAAUCAUUAUUUAUUUACUGCUUAUUUAUUUAUUUAUUUAUUUAUUAAUUGUUAUUUAUUGAAUUAUUCCACGACUAACGACUGUCCCCUUUUUAUGGUGUUGUUAUUU